AUGGGAGGGGAUCGAGAAGGCAACGGAGAUAUAGGAGAAACACAAAGUGAACAAAACCAAAAACACCAAGCAAAAGAAGACAAUAAUGGAAUAACAAAUACAAACGCAAGUGAAUCUAGCAAAGCCAAAGACAACUCUGAUGAUAACAGUUCGAAAGUGACCAACUACAUACAAAAUAUAAAAAUAUCUAACUCGAGUACCGGCCUCGCGUUAAACGACAAAGAAAAUAGUAAAGCUAAUCCACUACUCAUAGAUUCUAAAACUGUUGUCAAAUUUUCGCCAGUAUGGAAACAGACCGUCGCAGCAUCAGCAGCAAUAUUAAUGACCUUCACAUCUGGCCUCACAUCCGGUUACUCAGCAAUUCUCCUACCACAGUUGAAAGAGAAAGAUAGCGUUAUUCCAUGGGAUGAGGACACAGCAUCAUGGAUAGCGGCAAUGGCAGCAUUACCAAUGGCUCCAGGGUGUCUCCUCGCAGGAUGGAUGAUGGAAAAGUUUGGUAGACGCAACUCACACUACAUAGUCUGUGCACCACUACUUCUUGGCUGGAUCUUCAUAUCAUGCGCAAACAAUCUAACUCUGAUGCUAAUCGGUAGAUUUCUAACUGGUCUUUGUGUUGGUCUACUGGGACCAUUAGUCCCGGUCUACAUCGGAGAGACAACCGAGCCGAAGACCAGAGGUAUCUUCCUAGCUGCAGUAUCUUUGGCUAUCGCGGUGGGGAUCCUAGUAGCCCAUUUAAUUGGCACUUUCAUCACUUGGCAAUGGACCGCGGUGAUUUGCUGUCUGUUUCCAAUACUCUCGGUGAUUUUGCUAAGUGCAGUGCCAGAGAGUCCCACUUGGCUAAUAGGUAAAGGCCAAGUAGAUAAAGGAGUAACUGCGUAUUAUUGGCUAAGGGGUUACAGCGAUGAAGCGAAAACGGAGUUACAGAAGAUCAUUGAGAGACGUAAGACGACGGACUCAGAGCACAUCCCAACAUGGAGGGAGAAGAUAUCUAAUCUUAAAAGUCCAGAAUUGUUGAAACCUCUGGCAAUUAUGAUCAUAUUCUUCUGUACUUGCCAAUUUUCUGGUGUGAAUGCCAUUACGUUCUAUUCUAUUGAAAUAGUUGAGAAGGCGGUUGGAAAAGGUAUAGACCAUUAUGUGGCGAUGUUGAUAAUUGACGCGCUUAGGACGGUGAUGUCAGUUGUAGCAUGUGUGGUGUGCAAGCAAUAUGGCAGAAGACCGCUGUGCUUGAUUAGUGGCAUUUGGACGGCGAUGUCUAUGAUCGGACUGGCGUUGUAUUUGUACUGGACAGAUGGGAAGCCCACAAACAUGUCCUGGCUGCCAUUAUCGUGUUUGAUGAUUUACAUUUGUUCCGUAUCGAUUGGCCUAGUGCCUUUACCUUGGAUGAUGUGCGGGGAAGUGUUCCCCACCAAAAUGCGAGGACUCGGAUCUGGUAUCAGUUCGGCGACAACGUUCCUGGCGUUUUUCGUUGUUGUCAAAACAGCACCCAGCAUGAUGUCGAACUUGGGUGAAGUUUACACAUUCCUUUUCUACGGGGUCGUAGCGCUUGUUGGAACUGGAAUUAUGUACUUUAUCUUGCCCGAGACCAAGGGCAAGAGUUUACAGGAAAUCGAAGAUAAAUUUAGAGGAUUUAAAAACGAUAAAGUCUAA